AUGCCGUUAGUCGCAAUUCUGCAGACCGUACUGGGCGGCACUAAAUUAGGGGAUGAAUGCAACAGCGAUUGGGAAUGCAGGGAAGAUAUCGGCGGUUCGAUGUGUCUGAGGGGACGUUGCUCGUGUCAACCUUACUACGCCCGACUGAACACGACUCUUUGCGUGCAAUCAACUCUUUUGGGAUACGAUUGCAUCGUGAACGAGCAGUGUUCUAUGAAGGUGGCCAACAGCAGCUGCUUGGACGGUGCGUGCCGUUGCGUUGAUGGAUUUCUUCAGUUCAGGAAGCACACAUGCCUAGGACCCGCACGUCCUGGGAAUGUAUGCUACAGCAACGCUCAUUGUCGCCUCUGGACUGCUGACAGCCACUGCGACUUCCUCAUCCCAAAUCUCUUUGGGAGAUGUCAAUGCAAUAAUCCCUUAAGACAGGUCGGGGAUUCGUGCGUGCGUUCCGCCUUCCCAACCACCGCAAUCCCAACCACAAAGCAUAAUAUGCAAGAGGAUGAAUCUAAUGUUAUUGCCGAUUCCACGGAUGAUGUCGUGACUACACCGGAACCUAAGCAAGAGGAAAUCGUUACGACCACUUUGCAGCCAGAUUUUACCACAAGGAUGAACGUUGCUACGAGGGUUACAACCAUGGAACCAUUCUCCACGCCUCUUCCAACAACCGUCUUGUUAUCUACCACUACUACUACUACAACCGUGCAACCAACAACCACCACAACUACAACCACAACAACAACCACGAUGAAACCCCCAGUGUCUACACGUAUUCGCACUAGGAUUGAUGAUAGCCAUGUAGCCGUGAGUCUGGGACUCCCUUGUGUAACAGAUCUUCAAUGCAGAGCAGCUGAUGGAUCUUCCAAAUGCAUUGACGGCGUCUGCGAUUGCAUCUUCAGAUCCAACACAACAACUUGCUCAGCAAGGAACCGUGGCUGCAUUCCCGGCACUUUCCAAUGCCGCAGCACAGGAACAUGCAUCAGCUGGUUCUUCGUCUGCGAUGGUCGCAAGGACUGCUCCGACGGAUCAGAUGAGGAAUGCUCUGCAACUAGGUGUCCCCAUGAGGCUUUCCUGUGCAAAUCCAGCGGACGUUGCAUAUCCCGCGCCAGCCGUUGCGAUGGUGUUAAGGAUUGUAUCAGCGGCGAGGAUGAGGAGGAUUGUCAGGCUGCCGGUAAACGAGGUUGUCCUUCGGAUACGUUCCAAUGCGCCGACGGAAAGUGCAUUCCGGAAUAUGAGUUCUGCAAUGCCAUAAUUGGAUGUAGCGAUGGAAGCGAUGAACCUGCACAUAUUUGUCGCGGAAGAGCCAGGAGGCGGCUUUCCGAAUACUGCCCUUUGAGAUGCGGCAAUGGUAGAUGCAGGUCCAGCGCAAUUGCAUGCUCCGGUAGGGACGGAUGCGGUGAUGGAACAGACGAACACAAUUGCUCAGUUUGCAGAUGUCCGGUAGUUAAGGCAAGGAAAUUGUAAGUCUUUAGAGAAGAAAGAACAAAAAACACACCGAGAGGAUCCACAAAAAAAGGACGAAAAGUAACCAAAAAAAGACACCUCUCGAGAUCGGAAAGGCCAGAAAGUGCACCAAGACACACUAUAAUAUAUCGUUACAUUGCGUAUG